AUGGGAAUGGCGGAGCAGAGGCGACUGGCGGAGCGGGAGGUGGAGGAGCUGCAGAUGAGCGUGCUGGGGCAGGGCGAGAUGGUGCUGCAGGGGGAAACGAUGGGAGGUGUGGGGACUGGAAAGGAGGAGAUGGGGAAGGCCAUGGGGGAGGAGAUGGGGUCGGCGAGAUGCGAGGCUGUCUGUCACUCCAUCUGCCGCCAGCUGCCAGGCUCCUCCCUCCACCCGCUGGCUCCUGUUCUGCGGCAAUUCAUGGCGUUCCAUGACAGUGUGGGAGCACUCACUGACGAGUCACGACAGCUGCUGCGCCAAGUCAUUGUCUUCUGUGCUUCUCACAAGCAGGUCUAG